UACCGAGCUCGGUUAGUGCUCUCCUCGCCUCUGCAACUAUACCUACUCCGCUGCAUUUUCUGGUCGUCUUCAGGGCCCAAGCUCGCGUUCCUGGUGUGAAUCUCUCUGGCUUUGAUUGGAAACGAUGCAGGGGGAGAUAGUUUGGUGGCGAAUCACUUUUCUCUUCGCUGCUUUUCUGGUGUUGCAGUUUCGAACGAGGCUGGUUACUGCUCAAGCAUCGAAUUCGUCGCCAUGGCUGACAUUGCGCGGCGAUGCCCCAUCAGUUGUUGCCAAGGGUGGUUUUUCUGGUCUUUUCCCUGACUCCAGUGAAUAUGCUUACAAGUUUACUGCAUUAACUGGUUCACCCGACACGAUAUCUUGGUGUGAUGUUCAAUUGACAAAGGAUGGUAUCGGUUUGUGCCUACCUAAUAUUAAAUUGGAUAACUGUACAGACAUUUCUCAAUACUUUCCUGAUGGGAAGAAAAGCUAUGUUAUCAAUGGGGUGUCAACAAUGGGAUGGUUUCCUGUGGAUUAUGAUGCUCGUAGCUUAUCAAAUAUUUCUGUGAUUCAAGGAGUUCUAUCUCGAUCUGAUAGAUUUGAUGGUGCCUUGUUCCCUAUUCUUACCCCUCAAGCUGUCGAUGGUAUGGUUAAGCCAUCCGCCCUUUGGCUGAAUAUACAGCAUGAUACUUUCUACAGGGAGCACAACUUGAGUAUGAGGACUUAUGUUCUUUCUCUAUCAAAAAGUGUUCCAGUGUACUACAUUUCAUCACCAGAAGUAGCAUUUCUCAGCAGCAUAGCAUCUCGAUUCAAGAGAACCAAGACAAAGCUUUUCUUUCGCUUUCUUGAUGAGGACAUUCCUGAACCUUCUACAAACCAAACAUAUGGUUCUCUUUUAAAAAAUUUGACAUUCAUUAGAACAUUUGCUUCUGGGAUUCUUAUUCCCAAGCAGUACAUUUGGCCUGUGACAUCUGACCAUUACCUUCAACCUCAUACUUCCAUUGUUUCUGAUGCGCAUAAGGCAGGGCUUGAAGUUUAUGCUUCCAACUUUGCUAAUGAUGCAAUAUUGAGCUAUAAUUACAGCUAUGAUCCGUUAUCUGAGGUUCUUUCAUUUGUUGACAAUGGGGCCUUUUCUGUGGAUGGUGUGCUGACCGACUUUCCGGUAACUGCUUCUGCUGCCUUAGGUUGUUAUUCCCAUUUAAGCAAAAAUAACUCUGGACUUGGAAAUCCUGUCGUCAUCUCUCACAAUGGAGCUAGUGGUGUUUAUGCUGAUUGUACUGAUUUAGCUUAUCAGCAGGCUUUUGAGGAUGGUGCAGAUAUCAUUGAUUGUCCUGUUCAACUGACACAGGACGGAAUUCCAAUUUGCAUGAGUUCUAUAAAUCUUAUGGAUGUUACUGAUGCAGCAACAUCCAAAUUACGUUCUCGUUCUUCUGUAGUCCCAGAUAUUCAGAGCACUCCCGGAAUUUUUACAUUCAACCUUACCUGGGAAGAGAUCCAGCAGGAUCUGAAACCUGCAAUAUCAAACCCAGAAGUGAAGUAUGGAUUAACACGAAAUCCACGAAAUAAAAAUUCUGGAAGUUUCAUGAAGUUAUCAGACUUUUUGACAUUUGCAAAAAGUAGGGCGCUAGCUGGAAUCUUGAUCGGGGUUGAGCAUGCAGCAUUUUACGCAGAGGACAUAGGCUACAGCGUAAUUGAUGCUGUUAUUGGGGCCUUGAAAGAUGCAGGAUACAACAAUCAAACCACUCAACAGGUUAUGAUUCAGUCCGCAAAUAGCUCUGUUCUAGUCAAAUUUAAGCAGCAAACAAAUUACAAACUCGUCUACAAGCUCGAUGAAUCUGUCAGCGAUGUAGAUAAAUCAUCAUUAUCAGAUAUUAAAGGCUUCGCUACUGCUGUUGUGAUCGGAAAGCAAUCCGUUUAUCCGACAAGCCAGCUUUUCAUUACCGGCCAGACCGAUAUGGUGAAGACAUUACAAUCUGCUGGCCUUGCUGUCUAUGUAUAUUUAUUCAGAAAUGAGUUUGUGUAUCAACCCUGGGAUUUCUUCUCAGACCCAAAUGUUGAGAUUAAUUCAUACGUUCAGUUCAUUGGGGUUGACGGUCUCAUCACCGACUACCCAGGAACUGCUACAAGAUACAGGAGAAAUUCCUGCUUAAAGCUUGGUGAUAAGAAGCCGAACUACAUGCAGCCUGUAAGUGGUGGUCAGCUUCUGCAAUAUGUCGUCGCCUUGCCGCCGGCUUUGUCGCCAAUGCCAAUCCUUGAUUCAGCAGAUGUUAUUGAGCCUCCGCUUCCUGCAGUCUCGACGAGACCUUCAAGCACAGGGGGCUCUGCUUUGCCACCUGCAGCUCCGUCAGGUGCAUCGCGGAGUCUAAUCAACUCUAGCUGCAUCUUUCUUCUCAUGCUUCUAGUACUUGUCCUAUAUUAAGAUGAUUUUUAGUAAGCUGAUUAACUGGGUUUGGUUUUGUGUUGUAAUCUUAUGAUUCUUUUUCUGUUUCUAACAUCAUCUGUGUGUGUUAUUCUGUGAUAAGUCAGUGGUGUCCAUCCUUCAUUCCAUCUCCAUUUUAAGAUAUUGUAAAACCUUCUUUAGUAUAUAGUAGCUACCAUUGGUUGCCAUUUCA